UCUCCAUCGACAUCAUCGUCACCACCCCCCCAACAUGGCGUUCUUCCUACGACGCCCCUUCGCCGUCUCAACGGCGCUGCGGCAGAUCUCCAAACCCGCCAACAGCGCUCGUUUCAUCCACAACACUCAUUUCAAGCCUCCCACCACCACCACCACCACCACCGGCCCCGUCUCCAUCCUCGCAAAGUCCCGUCAGACCUUCCAAAAUGCCUUCCGUCGCACCUACAUGCAGCCUUCCUACUCUUCUCAGGGUGGCAACGCUACCCAGAAGCUUCUCUACGGCGCCGCCAUUGUCGGCGGUACCAUCCUGGCCACCAACAUGAUCUUCAACCGCGAGACGAGAGAGGACGGCGGCAUGCCUCACUAUGAGCGCAGCUACCUGAACGAGACCUUUAUGCACACCGGACUGGGCGUGGGUAUCAUCGCUAUUGCUGCGCGGGCUUUGCACACCAGUGGAUGGUCGUACCGUUUGAUGGCUUCCAGCCCCUGGGCUGUGAUCGGUCUGGGUCUGGUUGCCAGCGUCGGAACGAUGUACGGCACCCUGUACACUUCGCCUGACAACUACCUGAUGAAGUACGGUCUCUGGACAGCUUUCAACGUCACCCAGGCCGCGCUCCUGUCUCCUCUGAUGUUCAUGUCCCCUGCUCUCCUCGCCCGCGCUGGUCUCUACACCGUCGGAUUGAUGGGCUCGAUUGCUUUCGUCGGCGCCACCGCCAAGCAGGACAAGUACCUCUACCUGGGUGGUCCCCUGCUCGCGGGUGUGACCAUUGUCGCUCUGUCCGGUCUCGCUCCCCUGGUCCUCCCCGUCACCGCCACCCGCACCCUGAUGUGGUCUGAGAAGCUCUGGCUGUACGGCGGUCUCGCCGUCUUCGGUGGAUUCACUCUCUACGACGUCCAGAAGAUCCUGCACCACGCUCGCAUGGCUCAGAGAGGCCUGAUCAACAAGGACAUCGUCAACGAGAGCAUCAGCCUCGAGCUGGACUUCAUCAACAUCUUCGUCCGUAUGGUCCAGAUCCUGGGCAUGCGCAGCUCCAACCGCAAGUAA